AUGCAGGUGGGGCAAGACGGGCGAGUCUACGUCGCAGUCAAGUAUCCCAGUAUCAGCGAGCUCUGGCCGGAGAUCUACAACAAUAGAUCCAUCCGAGUCGUGCAGGUUGUCGAUGCGCCUGCCGUGUUGCGUUGA